AGUUGAAGGGUUUUGCGUUUGACAAAGAAAAAGAGACUGAGUUAUUGAUGAGAGAAAAAGAUGAAGCUAUGAAAGCAACAGAACGAGUCGUACGCGAAACAGAUCUGUACGAAAGAAAAUAUUCGAAACAGGUUAUUUAAUCAACAGUCGUUAAAGUCAAGCCUAGUCGUUAUCCUUAGGGCGAGGAUGUCCUUGGCUUCACUUUUCUCAUAGGCCGAAUGACUGAAGUUCUUGCUCCAGUUAAAUAUAUAGAGCUCACUGAACCAUCUUCGUCCCCAGGCCCUCUUGCUCUUCACAACGCGACGUUGGCCUUAGGGCGAGGAUGGCAGUUUUAUAAAAAAAAUGAGUACUUAAUAUGCACUAAUUUUCACAGUAAAUUUUCUUACUACUUCUCCAAAUAAUUAUUCCCAUAUUGAUUUCCGGCAGAUUGAUUCUCUACAAGACGCUCUUAUCCAAUCAAAAGAAGACAAUAAGAAAUUGGCGGGAACACUUGACGCUGUGAUUACGUCACAUACUCAGCUCCAGUCUUCGUGCGAAAGUCUUCAAACUGAACUGGGUAAACGAGAUAGUCGGCUAAUGUGUCUUGAAAAAGAAAGGUGAUGUAUUUUUUUGAAUAUUACUGUGACUGGCUGCAAGAUUAUUUUCCCAGUCAUAUUUCUUGUGGGGGGAGGUGGAUUGUCACCCCCCCCCCCACACACACAUCCCGGGAUUUCUAAUGAUUCGCCCCUUAACCAGUAUUACUGACCAGUGUACUUACUUCUAAUACCCAGAUUAGAGACAGAGACAAAGAUCAUGGAUUUAAAUAGCGAAGUGGAAUUAUUAAAAUCUAAACUAAUGCAUCAAGAUGAAACUGAAUCGAACGAGGUGAACGCUGUUCGUAAAACACUACAAUUGUUAGAAGAAGAUCGAGAGAAGUUACUCAACACUGUAGAACCUUUGAUGAAAACUAACAAAGAUCUUCAGGAAUCUUUGGAAGGAUUGGCGAAUGAAUUAAAACAGAAAAAUAACGAGAUUAAAAAACUACGAGCAUCUUCAGUUAACGUGAAACGGGAGAUGGAAAUAGAGACUGUUGCUAUGGAAACAAAAGUGGAUGACGUGAGAAAGGAAUUUGAUGCAGAGAUGAAGGAAGUGAAGAAGCAUCACAAGAAGGAAAUUUCUAAGGUACGAGCACUGAGCUCUAUUUUUAUCUGGAGCGAGAACUCAAGUUCAAAAAGUGAAGCUAGCUUUCACUGAGUCCCAUUAUUUAUUUUGUGACCGAGUAUUCUGCACAACAGAUGGCUGUUAACCUACAGUUAUCAGAGUGAGAAUGCUAAUUUUUUUAAUUAUAUGUAGUAGUCCUGUAUUUGGUGGCAAAUAAAUAAGAGAGAGGUGUAAUUUUCCUAUAAAUGUGAACAGUUAUGAAAUUAUCCACUAACUGCUGCUUCGCAACGCUUUCUGAGUCCGAGUCAUUUGAAGUGCACCCUUUGCAAUUCAGCACUUAGACGUAUGAAAAGAUGAUUUACCUUGACUACAAAAUCUCCUCAAUAUCAUAUUUUUAUAGUUACGUAAAGAUUUCCAGGAAAUGGUAAAACUUAAAAAUUCUUUGAAAGACGAGAACGUGACGUUGAAAAGUGUGCAAGAGGAAACUGAAACUCGACACAAGAAAUUGAGAGAAAAAUUUAAACAAACUAAACAUGAGUUACAGGAAUGUUUAAAACUGCAUUCCGAGCAACGCACUGAAUUGGAUGCAGCAAGAGACAGAAUUCAUGUAAGAAUAUAUUGUAUUCAAAUUUCUGGAAACUUAGUUCUUCAGAACAACUAACUAACUUUAUUAAUCCUGGAUACCUUUAUGUCAGUUCUCAACUUAUCUUCCUAGAGAUCCAUGUCUAUUGUUCCAGUAUUACUACAGGAGAAAACCUAAACAAUAUACUGAAUAUAGGUCAGUCUAAAAUCUUUAGCUUUGGAGUCCAGUAAGGGUUAUAUCUUGUUGGUUCAGUAUUACUACAGAAGGAAACUGUGCUCAGAAAAACCGCAUGGUGCCAGUUUGGUGCCAACCAUGGGAACUUUACAUGAUUAUAAGUAAACCUUGGAACAACACAGUUGUUAAUACCUUUAGACGAUGAGUCGUGAACUAGCAAUAUUAGAAAAACUCAAGUGGGAAUAUACACAAAAUAACAUGGAACAGGUAAGGUAAUGGCAUUAUACAAGUCAUAUGCUACAAGUGCUGAAAUGAAUUGCAAUUAUCGUGGAAAAUAUCUCGACCAUAUUUGUUCUCUCUUGCUCUAGGCUCGUUCUCUUCAGGAAUUUAUAUCACAGUUGACAGAGCUACAAGAAGAAUUCAGAAACUUAGCUGAAACGCAGCAAGUAACCAGUUUACUUUGCAGGUGA